CCCCCCCCCCCCUCCCGCUCGACUUGCUGCUGGAUUGCACCAUGGCUCAAGAGGCGUGGUCCGACAUCUGCGUCCAAUGCGUUGAGCUUUUGGUCAAUGUUCCAGUCUCCGUAUUACUUGUCACCUUCGCCGCGACAUUGACUGGUUUCCUUGUGCUGGUCUACGCUACCCUCUACGCGGUCGCACCUGUACCACGGAAGCCUUACCCCGAAGAGAAACAAUAUCGAACGCUCACGAAAGAUGGAGCGAUCACAGAACCUCAAGCACUACCUUGUUGGCAAGAUGCGUUGGACGCCAAGAGGCGUCCUGGUCACACCCUCAAUAACCCUUCCGUGGAGGAACCUGAGCUGUUCCUUUCUCUCGUCGUGCCCGCGUACAACGAAGAAGAUCGUCUCGGGGGUAUGUUGGAAGAGGCUGUGAAUUAUCUGGAACGGAUGUAUGGGACGGUGACCGGCGCCAUUCCAAAUGGCGUCGAUGCGGAUACAGCGCAGAAGACUUUCCGUCAGCGCAAGUUGGCGAACGGGCAUGCCAAUGGCAGUGCGACAUAUCACCCCGUGCACGACAACAAGGGCUGGGAGAUCAUCAUCGUCUCAGACGGGUCCAAGGAUAAGACGGAAGAGACGGCCUUCACGUUUGCCCGAGACCACCAGCUCUCGCUGCACCCGAAGGGCUAUUCGGGUCCUUGGACCCCGGGGACGAAAGAGGGUGUCCACAUCCCGCCGGGCACGAUUCGGGUGGUGACCCUAACUGAGAACCGAGGCAAGGGCGGUGCGGUGACUCAUGGUAUGAGGCAUGUCCGCGGGCAGUAUGUGGUGUUUGCCGAUGCCGAUGGAGCCAGUAAGUUUGAGGAUCUGGGCAAGCUUGUCGCUGCCUGUCAAGGGGUCGAGGACUCCCUAGGCCGUGGUGUGGCCGUGGGAUCUCGCGCCCAUAUGGUUGGAAGUGAGGCGGUGGUCAAGCGGUCCAAAUUGCGCAAUUUCCUCAUGCAUUCGUUCCACUUGAUCCUCUGGCUGUUGACUCCAUCCAAGACCGCCACUAUCAAGGAUACCCAGUGCGGCUUCAAACUGUUUACUCGGGCAUCGUUGCCAUAUAUCAUCCCGUACAUGCAUUCCGAAGGAUGGAUCUUCGAUGUGGAAAUGCUCAUGCUGGCCGAGUUUGCCGGCAUUCCGGUGGCUGAAGUGCCGGUGGGCUGGCGCGAAGUCAUGGGCAGUAAAUUGAAUGUGGUGCGCGAUAGUGUCGGGAUGGCCUGGGGAUUGGCCGUUUUGCGGGCCGCGUGGUUACUCGGCAUCUACCAGCGCAAAUGAUACUUUAGCCGGUGUAUGCGUUGGGCCUAUUUUGGGUCAAGGACACGGCAUGGCGCCGUAAUAAAGCUUUGAUUAAUUUGAUCGUGUCCUAGAACUGGUAUUUGAUUAUCUUCAAAACACUGUCUUUCUCAAGGCAGGUGCAUGGGCGUGUAGAGCGCGGCGUGUUCCUCAUCCGUCAUCGGUGGCAAAGUCAGGACCGGCAAGCUGGAUUGAACUGCGGGGAAGAACGUAUUGGAUAUUGCAUCAC